AUGCUGCAUGAGAUGCACAUUUUGACUGCGAUCAGCCACCCCUGCUUGGUGAACCUGUUGGGAGCGAAUCUGGAUAGGGAGCAGGAACCUCUUUUUGUGACAGAGUUCAUGGAGGGCGGCGACGUGGAAACCUACAUGCACAAGCAGCGCCAGUCAUC